AUGAGCAGCGCUACCGCCUGUUACGUGGUGGGCUCCGCUUCUUUACCUUCCAGGCGAUUGCCGAAGUCUCUCGAUCCGACCUUGUGCUUUCGGAAAGAGAUCAAGAGAGGGAAAGGGUUUGAAUUUCUGGUCCUGAUUCUAACAAGAGAGAUAGCCUGGUCCCGGAAGCUGAUAGCACCCUGCAGUGACAGCGGCACCCAACGACCUUAUCCUGUGUAUUUCUUUUUGCUGCUCCACUCCAUCCCUCGAGAGUCCGAUGUGCCCCCUCCUCUAAAAAAAAAAACUGAUCAUAAGUCUUAUGGGACACUGGUUCUCAGAGUGCAAGGAGCCGGACAAGGAGAAGCAGAUAUUCCUGCCAACUUAAGAAUGUCGCUUGAAGGUUCAACUUCACUUUGCUAUGAGACUCUCUUGGCUUUAUUUGCGCUUCAACGCUAA